AUGCGCCGCAACAGGGGAGCGGAACAAGUGGCUCGGGAUGCGCAUCCCACGGAGAGGAUGCCCCUCACCGGGGAAGCGGAACAAGUGGCUCGGGAUGCGCGUCCCGCCCCGCACACCCCCCAGCAUCCCGGGUGUCUCGGGAUGAGCGUCCGUCCCGUCCCGCGCACCCUCCAGCAUCCCGGGCGGCUCGGGAAGCGCCGGGAUCCCCGCGAGCUCCGCCGGUCCUCGGGCGCCCCCCGGCGGCUCCGCCCCGCCUGCCGGGACGGGAGCGCCGGGAGCGCCCAGCCCCGCUCCCGGACCCCCGGCCCCGCUCCUCGCCCGCAGCGUCACCGCCGCCCGCAGAGGUCACCGGAUGUCACCAGCUUCCCUGUUUACCCAACACGUUUACUCUUCUUUAAGGCAGGCAAAAGAUGGAAUAGACGGAGGGAGAUCCGCGGCUCUUUGAUUAAACACCAUCCCCUUUGGGCGAACGGGAAAGACCAGCGUCCCCGCCCGGGUUCCUCCCUAAAGUUGCGCCGCUCCCCGCGGCAGCCGGGAAGAGAAUCCCCCCGCGAUGAGCCUGCAAGUGACCGGCGGGGAUUCCCCGAGCAUCCCGAAACCGCGCAGGGAAGACGCUGCCGAAGCGGCGGCACCGAGGGUCGGAGGGAGGCGGGCGGGAUGCGAGGCGCUCCCUCCACGUGCGCUACCUCCGCUCCCGCACCGCCGGCCGGGGCGACAGAGCCCGGCGCGCCCGUCCCGCCGCCGCCCGCUCCCCGAGUCCCCUCAGGUGCGCCGCCCGCCCGCCCUUACCUGCCCGCCGGCGGCAGCAGCGACGAGCCCCCUUCUCCCGCGCCGGAUCCCUGUCAGCGGUCGGCGGGAGAGCAGGAGCGCCGUCCCGCCGGCAGGGCAAGCCCCAUGUGA